AAGCAUCGUUUAUAACUUCACACGUGCGUCUACGUUCUCUUUCAUAAGUAAGUGUAGAACUGAGACCAAAUAUUAAGACAAAAUGUCAACGGCGAUGAAUUUCGGAACAAAGUCGUUCCGUCCGCGUGCACCUGAUAAAGGAUCGUUCCCUCUAGAUCAUUUUGGUGAAUGUAAGACAUUUAAAGAGAUAUAUAUGAGAUGCCUUAGAAACAACCGGUUUGACAAUUCACGCUGCCGAGAAGAGUCAAAGGAAUACUUAGAGUGCAGGAUGGACAGACAAUUAAUGGCUAAGGAACCUCUCGAAAAACUUGGCUUUAAGGACUUGGUGGACGACACGCAAAAAGAAAACGAAGACAAAUCAUAACAAAAUAUAAUUUGAGAAAUAUUUAUAUUUUUUAUUUAUCAUCAUAUUGUUUGAUAAAUGUUUAUAUUCUUUCUGCAAAUCACUGUAAACAAAUAACUAUUUUAAUUUACGACUUUAAAACUUUUGUAUGCUAGAAUUUAGUGGGUAUUCUAUAAACGCAUUGUAAAUAAAUAGCUGUUAUAUUUAUUUGUUAAAAAUGAUAUAAUAAAUAAAUGUUUCUCAACAAUUCAGGA